UCAGGAGAUGUCUUGACUUAAAGUCCACACAGCUCUCGGUAGUGUAUAUCGGGGAGAUCUGGGUUGCAUCUUCUGAAGAAAGACGCAUUUUUGUUACUCCUCUAAACCUUAAGGGGAGUUUUUAGCUUUUGGUCAGCGAGUGGUUCCUGGAAAACAUCUGAAUCGUUUUAUAACCAAACACAGCUGCCGUGCCAGUGUAUGUGUGUGUGCGUGACAGUGUGUAUGCGUGUGUUCAUCCGUAUGUGGAAGAGGGAGAGAGAGUGAGGGUAUCUGUUUGCUUCCCUUUCCAAAACGGAAAGAAAGAAAAAAGUUUGGUCGUCUUUUUCUCCCAGUAACUUUUUUUAGGCAUGAACGCCGAGACGUGCGUCUCAUACUGCGAUAUGACAUCCAUGGAUUCAUAUUAUAGCCCCUCUGCACCGCAAGGUAGGGAUCAUCAGACGAACCCGUUUAGGACAUUCCAAGUAAGUGACAACAAAUACAGCCCCACUUUCCUGCCAAACAAAGGUCAGGCUUACGGAGAAAAGUCUCGGAGCCCAUUCCAACAGGAGUGUCAGUCAUUGGAUGUCACCACUGGGGAAGGCACCUUUAACAAAUACCACCUCUUCAUGCAGAGGUCUUCUUGCAAAACCCCCCCCGAAGGAGGCAAACUGCACCAAGAAAGCGGACACAACGGAGCGCUCAUUCCCUGCUAUGGUAAAGACAGCUCAGGACUGACAGACUCUGACCUGACCCCGAACUCUGACCCCUCUGGGAUGGACGGCAGCUACCUGAGUGUGAAGGAUCAAGGCGUGAAGGGCCCCUCGGACCGACCAGGCUCGGACAUGGCCGGCCCCAUGGACAAGGGAGAGGGUGAGAGCAACAAGGGCAAGAAGAGGCGUAACCGCACCACCUUCACCAGCUACCAACUGGAGGAGCUGGAGAAGGUCUUCCAGAAGACCCACUACCCAGAUGUGUACGCCCGCGAGCAGCUGGCCCUCCGGACUGACCUGACUGAGGCCCGGGUACAGGUGUGGUUCCAGAAUCGCCGAGCCAAAUGGAGGAAGAGGGAGCGCUUUGGUCAGAUGCAGCAGGUCAGGACACACUUCUCCACGGCAUACGAGCUGCCUCUUCUAGCCAGACCUGAGAACUAUGCACAGAUACAGAACCCAUCAUGGAUUGGUGGCGGCAGUGGAGCGUCUCCUGUACCAGGCUGUGUAGUGCCCUGUGACUCAGUCACAUCCUGUAUGACCCCUCACCCUCACUCCGGCAGCGGCGUAUCUGAUUUCCUGGGCGUCCCGAACCCUGGGGGUCACAUGGGACAGACACACAUGGGCAGCCUGUUUGGGGGUCCUGGCAUGGGGUCAGGGAUCAACGGGUACGAUCUGAACAGCAUGGACCCAGACCGCAAGUCCUCCAGCAUCGCCGCCUUGCGUAUGAAGGCCAAGGAGCACAGUGCAGCCAUCUCCUGGGCAACAUGAUGCCUCAACAGCAGCAGGACAGGGGCCUCUGGGAACCCCAUCACGUCCAAACCAAGCCAAAGCAGAGAGGGGGGCCAGUCUGUGCUACUAUAACAGAAAUAUUGAUAAUCUAAUAUAAUAAGGAUGAUAAAAGCCAUAAAAGCCAUAGCAAAUUGCUGAAGAGAAGAGAAAAGAGACUAACAAAUCUGGACAGUGAACUUCUUUACUUUGUGUCUCUGAUGGGAGAGACCAGUGGACAUCAGAGAUGAACAACAGUCAGUCAGGUAGUCAAAGCUUGAGGUAAGAAGCAGGAAAUGAAGAAUCAGACCUAUCCUUGAAGAGACAAAUGAAUUGGUUGCUUGUUGGAAACAAUGUGCUGGUUAUACAGUAGCUAUAAACUAUAACACAACAAAAAUAACAAAAAAAGCUGAAUAGAUUUGAACCAAUCCCGGCACUUAUUCAGUUAAUACAGGUAAUGCUGUUUGUACAGAUAUUGAGAUGCGUCUGCUAACACACCUGCUAGUGAGAGUCAACAGCUUUUUCUGUUCAGGUGUUAUCAUACUUUCUUGUUUUCCGGUAUUUAAAUGUUAAGUGUGUAUUUCUUUAUUCAUUUUGAUCCUGGUUUUGUCACAGAAUCCCUUGUCCCUUUCUGUCAGACGGUGUGCGAAUGCAACUAACCACAUAAACUGCAAACUGAUAUUCACAUAUUUACAUACAUUCGGCCUGAUUUGGGUCUGCGUGUACAUUUGGGUUUCCUAAGGUCGUUUUGGUCAGCUUCACUUCAAGGAGAGGGGUGUAGGUAACGGUCAAGCCCAAAGCCGAUCCAUCUCUGUCAGACUAACUGAAGGAAUGCUGAUAAAAUCAGUCAUAUUCUUCAGUUUGGGAAAGAGGUCAACCAUUUCAAAGGUAGCUUACUGUUUCUGGUAUGCAUGGUCAGCACUAGCAUACUUUAGGUUGGUGCUGCCUUCCAACACUUAAAUGUCAGAUAUCAAUCCAGGUUUGUUUAAGUGCGGGCAGACAGAGAGCCCUACUUGCACCGCUGAUGGACCGUCACUGAGCCAGAGAGGGACGGGGACGAGGAAGUGGUGUGUGUGAGUAUGAGAGAGAGGCACAGCAGGCCUGCUGGGGCCUACAGGUCUGAGAGCACCAGACAGGCUCAGCUCUGUUUGCAGGAGGAGAUUCAAAGUGGACAUGCCAUUUCCUCCCUUGGCAUUUCCUCACCUCACAUUUCCACCUAGGGAGUUACAGGAAAAGUGCCCUCCAGUCCCAUUGCCAGAAAUAACACCCAGCGGCAGCCUUGAACAGCAGAGAGGCAGUGUAGAUUAUACAGAUUAUGCAGUUUUUGUAGAUUAUACAGUUGUUGAGGGGGAUAAUAAAAUGCUGACUAACGCCAUCAAUGUUGACCACUGUCUCUUUUCAUGCAAAGCCUCACCCCCCCAGGCAACAACCGGAUCCCCUGUCCCUUCACCUCAGUGUGGACAUGGAACAAUGCGGGGGGCAAACUGGCAUCCGUGCUUUCGAUGGCUCCAUGUCACGAUUUGCGGAGGUGACAGAAAUACUAGACGUGUUCCAUCAUCUUAUGCAUUAUGGGCUUUCUGUUUGCCCAAGGUUCCCAUUUGGAUCAAGUCAAAACAAAAGGUCUCAUAGAUUUGAAGCCAAAUAUGAUACCCCAUGCACCUUGAGCAGAGAAUCCAUCUCUAAUUCCCUAACACAAGCCUCAUUAUUUCCCCUUUCACUUGGUAGCUCUGCUAGGAUAUCGUGUUAUGUACGAUCCAGGAUGAACUGUCAGCAUCUACACUAGGUAGCUCUGCUAGGAUAUAGUGUUAUGUACGAUCCAGGAUGAACUGUCAGCAUCUACACUAGGUAGCUCUGCUAGGAUAUAGUGUUAUGUACGAUCCAGGAUGAACUGCCAGCAUCUACACUAGGUAGCUCUGCUAGGAUAUAGUGUUAUGUACGAUCCAGGAUGAACUGUCAGCAUCUACACGAGGUAGCUCUGCUAGGAUAUAGUGUUAUGUACGAUCCAGGAUGAACUGUCAGCAUCUACACGAGGUAGCUCUGCUAGGAUAUAGUGUUAUGUACGAUCCAGGAUGAACUGUCAGCAUCUACACGAGGUAGCUCUGCUAGGAUAUAGUGUUAUGUACGAUCCAGGAUGAACUGUCAGCAUCUACACGAGGUAGCUCUGCUAGGAUAUAGUGUUAUGUACGAUCCAGGAUGAACUGUCAGCAUCUACACGAGGUAGCUCUGCUAGGAUAUAGUGUUAUGUACGAUCCAGGAUGAACUGUCAGCAUCUACACGAGGUAGCUCUGCUAGGAUAUAGUGUUAUGUACGAUCCAGGAUGAACUGUCAGCAUCUACACGAGGUAGCUCUGCUAGGAUAUAGUGUUAUGUACGAUCCAGGAUGAACUGUCAGCAUCUACACGAGGUAGCUCUGCUAGGAUAUAGUGUUAUGUACGAUCCAGGAUGAACUGUCAGCAUCUACACGAGGUAGCUCUGCCAGGAUAUAGUGUUAUGUACGAUCCAGGAUGAACUGUCAACAUCUACAAACAGUGGAUCAGAAACCCUUUCCAAAUGACAACUCAGAUUGGAUCCAGUUUUACAUGGCAGUUCAAGUCUAAUGCAUGAACAUACUGCUGACAACAUGGCUUGUCUCUCAGUGGUUGGAGGUGCUCCUCUGAGAUCUGGAGAUGGGGCCCCUGUGCUCUCAUAGGCCGCUCUAAGGGGUUGCUGGGAGGGCGAACGGGCCACGGCGUUCCGGUGUUCUAGGAAAAGGACAGUGCACACAGCUGUGCUCAGGGGAUAAAUGCAAAACAAACAUGCCUCGCACAUGCUUCCCCUCAGCUGUCAUGGCUCCAUUUUCAAAGAAGCCCCCACACUGCACUAGGGCUCUCCCUCUCGCUCCUCUGGCCGAAUGCCUGCCCCUCCAGCACUACGGCCAUACACAGCCAGGCUGUAGCCUUUUUAAUUAACACUGGGACAUCUGUGGACAGGGAUUCUUUCUGGGAUUGUGUGACAGAACAGACAGAGCCGCCAGUGGCCCUGUGCUUCAGGUUGGCCUAUAGCUGUCUCUGACUACGGCUUGUAGGGUUUAUAGUGCUGGGUUGGGUGCUUCUCAGAGCUCAAACACACAUGAAGCUCAGGUCGACAUAGUUGAUUUGUUUACCGUUUUCGUCAUGUUUUUGGAAACAUUUUAAUUUCUUUAUUUAUAGACAUGUUCUGUUAUCUGCAGUUCUCUAUUGAUUGAAAAGGACAAAAUCGAAAGCUCAGUGUUAAAGACUGCAGAAACGUACAAGCCCAUAUGAAGCCUUCUUGGAUGAAUCACAGGUUAUUAUGUAAAUGUUCACUUUUUCAUCUACCCUAAUCGAGGCACAGCUUGCCUUAGGGCCUUAACUGAUCAGAUAUGCAGAAUUUAAGUUGUUGCAAAACAGCUUGUAUAUCAGCUCAUCCUGUUGUAGCCUGCAGGGGUCCCAGUCUGUGCCUCGGUGAUGUCACCUUUCACACGACCCCUAUCAUUUUUAAUACUACUGAAGCAGGGCAAUAAAAAUAAGUAAAUACUUAUAAUAUAAAAGUGUGUGUUGUGUGUGCAUGUAAAACAUUUUUGUAUGUAAAUUGGACUGAUUUACAGUAAUUUACAAUGACCCUUGAAAUGUUACUAAUUUGAUGCAAAGUUUUGCGUUAUCUUUGUGAGAUACUUGUGGGUUGGUUUUUGAGUGAUCCUUCUGAAGGGGGUGGGUGUUCUUGGUUUGUUGAGUUUCCAAGUAUUUUGAAAGGUUUUUGUGGCUUUAAGCUAUAUUGUACGGCUUUUUAAUAACGAUGGUAUACUUUUACUUGUGUUCAUGUUCUCAUAUAUAUUUUGUGUGAGUUACUAUAGUACAGUAAGUUAUUGCACUUACAUAAUAUUUUAGAAAAUUGUUUUACAAGCAUUGAGAGCAUAACGGUUGUGCAUCACAUACUUAUUUUUUAAAACAGCAUCAACUACAAUUUUUAUGGAUAAUUGAAGUGCAGCUUCAAUUGUCACGAAUGAUUUCAUAUAGUUCCCGCCAAUUCUUUAAAGGUCCAGUGCAAGUCCAAAACGUGAUUUCCCUGGUUUUACAUAGAUUUCCUGAUGAGGUUGGAAUAAUACUGUAAAGUAGUGUAAAUGAUAAUUGCCUUUUAAUGUUAAUGUCAGUUUGAAAAGACUGCCUGAAAUUUCAGCCUGUUUUGGUGGGAUGGAGUUUUGGCCUGCCUGGUAUAAAAUGAGUUAGACCAUUAAGAAAGAGAGCUCUAGCCCGCUCUGCCAAUUUCAGCUGAUGUUUAGUUCUCUCCAUUCAGACCACUCCCAGACAGUCUGGCAAAAUUCUUGCUUGAGAAGGUGCUCUUUGCUAAGAAGUUGUUUCUUUUUGACCAUUUAUAUUGAAAUCAUAUUAAGAAACUUCAUUGUUACCCUGAAAUUAUUUGACAUUGCGAUUAAAGAGGUUGCAUUGGACCUUUAAACAAACAAUAAAACACAUUUAGUCAAAGAGGUCAGAGCUAAAUAUUUCACCAUUUUUCUAUACUGUUGUGGGAAUGAUGCUACUGCAGAACGAUUCCUAUUCUCACGGAAACGUCCUACAUUUAAAGACUGGGGAUGUUUUUAGGAUGGCAAGACUCUCAGAGGAGUCAUUAAGAGUAGCAGUUUUUACAAUAUCCUCAGCAAUGGGUAACAUCUGACCAUAAUAACAUGUGUGGAGAUUUUGGGGAUUCUGGUGUUGUUCUGUUUAUACUGAUGUCUAUAUAAUUAGGAUGGAGGGGUGGGAGGGCCAUCAAUAAAAAUCUAGAGGGUUCCAAAAAAAAGAAGCACGUCCAUCUUCUUGCAUUACAUAUUUACCUCAUGUUUCAUGACUGCAUCAGUUGCAGUGACAGCCUAAAAUCCCUCUGCAUUUCAGACUUGAGGGCUGAAAUGAGAUCGCACAACCCCCAAGAAUGUCACGCUAAUUGAAGUCGACAAAAAUACUAACAGCGUUCUUUUGAACUGCUGACAUUGUACAGGGUGGAUUAGGGAGCGUAUAUUAACAGGUGACAGGCGAGGCUGAACAGUGGUGCUGCACACGGCCUGGCUGUCACAACAGCCCUGGUCAGACUUGGGCUUUCACCAAAUCAGAAUGGAGGACGGAGAGCGUGACAGACACAGAGGCCUGCUACUGCUGCCUGUGUAUGAGAAAACCACUCCAUUAAACAUGCAUAUAUAGUCUCCCACGUCUAGAACACUUCCGAUGACAACUUUUUUCAAGCACUAAUCAACUUCCCCUGUUCUCCAGUAGCUGAAUUUCCUCUUCACUUUAGUUUGCACAAUUCAUGCACCUUAGUUGGAGUGAGGCAGCACCAUUGUUCCUUUCUCUAAUCACAGGCAAAUAAAAUGGCCAUGAAAAACA